UUAUUGUCUGUUGCACAUGGUUUUGGUGGCUAAUGAUUUUGCAUUGGUUAAUUCAUUAUUUAUAUCAUAUUUUGCAAAGGGAAAAAUACAUCCUAACUCAAUGUGUGCUGUCAUCUCCUGCAGGUCUAACAGCUCUGAUAGAAACCCAGCACACUGUGCAUGCAGCUGUAGGAGAGGAAGCAUGCUUGAAAUGUUGCCUGAUGCAAUCUAGAGAUGUUCUGCAAGUCACAUGGCAGAAGAUUUUACCUGAUGGAGAGAAGAACAUGGCUACUUACAGUGAACGAUUUGGUGAAAGAGUGAAUGCUGGUUUUCAAAGUAAGCUGGCGUUUAAAGAUGCUGGACUGCAGAACACCUCCAUAGUUAUCAGGAGGGUGAUGGAGGAGGAUGAAGGGUGCUAUCGCUGUAUGUUUAACACCUUCUCUGAAGGUGCUCUCACUGCUACAACCUGCCUGAAGCUCUAUGAGCUGCAUGGACCCUUUCUUCACGUCAGAGAAUCAACAGGUGUGUCCUGCUCAGCCACAGCUCGACCUGCUCCCACAGUAACACUGACUGUCCCUCACUACAACUCUACCAGCGUCACCAACACCAAUGACACAGUCACUGUCACCACUACAGCUGGGCUGUCUGGUCUCCACGGCAAAAGCACACAGGUUGGAUGUGCAGUGAGAGUGCUCUCUGGCCCUCAGAUAGAGGUGUCUAUGAUGAUUCCUGAGGUCAAACAGUCGUCUGAUGAUGAUUUCACCAACAUGAUCAUCGUGUUGUCCGUGGUUGUGGCCUGUGUUUGUGUUGCUGCAGUCGUCCUGCUUAAACAGAAACCUUGGAACCGUCGGUCACACAGGGACUCUGAGUAGAACAAGACAUCACAAAAAGAAAUCAAAGACACUGAUGAAGUGUUAUAUAGUUUUUUGUGCAUGUCAAAGGUCUGCAAAGGUACAAAGCCCGAAGCCCACGCCAAAGAGAAAAACACUGCUCCUGAACUGCCUGAAACGCCUCGUUGAAGUGUGACGACCCCUCCCCACCACUAGGUGUGUGUUGGCUCGCUGGUCUCUUUGUUUCUUGCAGGCUCUGGUUGAGGCGGGGACAUGAGGACAUGAUGGGUUGAUGAGCUACACCUGGGCCCGGUGUAGCGCUGACUAUAAAACCCUCUUCGCCAUUCAGAACGCUCUCGCUCCAUGCACGCACAUCACUCCAUUUGUGUGGACAUCGCGGCGCGGCUAUUCUUCCUCUUUUUCUCCAUGCACCCACACACACGCAUCCAUUCACUCCUACACCACUGAUUACUGAUACUGAUCUUUACAUUUAUUCAUGAAUUAGUGUUUUGUAAAUAAUCUUUGUUACUUUUUGCAUUUACCUCAUCUCCACUCCCAUUUUUGUUGCAACAAAUGGGGGCUCGUCUAUUUUGGUGGACCUAGUUUCUCAGGUAGUAAGAGGUCUGUU